CUUAUCCUCUCUUCUCCCACAGCUUCACGCGCAAACAAGUCUUCUUCAUCUUCCAAUCGCCGGCAACAGACUCAUCGGCGAUAAUGGAUGUUCCAGCCACGCUAUCGUUAUCGAUCUUAAUUUACUGAUGUCGUGGUGCCGUACCUUGCUUGAGAGCUGUAAUCGUGUUUAUUAGUAGAAACCCUAAGCAAAAGCAACUUUACUUAGCACAGUUUUGAAGUUAUUCCAUAUUUACUCUAUUUUCCGUGUAUAAAUUAAAAUAAUCCGUGAAAUUAUUAAGAAGAUCGCUCUAGUUUUUCAGUUUUUACGGUAUUUGCAGAAUCGUAUUUUUCUUUUCAAAUCAACUUCUGCAAAAUCUUGAGUAGUGGUUGCAGAAUUUUGCAAUAUUGUUAUGUGUUCUGAUUCCUAAUUCAAAAUCAACAUCGAGUUCGGAAAUUGACGAAACAAAGAGUUGAGAAACUCUGAAUUGUUUUGGAGUUUCGUCAUGCCUUUCACGAUGAAGAUUCAGCCAAUCGAUUACCAGGUUCCUUCAGAGAAAAUUAAGCCGAUUAUCAAGUCGCGGCUUAAGCGUCUCUUCGAGCGCCAAUUCUCCGGCGUUCUGAAGAAUUUACCGGCGGAGAAGAUCGUCGGCGAUGAACCGUAUCCACGCAAGGACGGCGUCGAUUUCGAACCGAACUCAAUUUGUCUGUCGAAGAUGGUACAGAGUUUCAUGGAAGAGAAACAUUCCGUUUCUGUCACGUGUGGACGCAACUGCUUCAACAGAAACUUCGACGAUUGUUCUGAUACUGAACUUCACGCGUUUGGUGGUUCUUCGUCUGGUGAAGCGUACGAAAUCCUCAAGGGUUUGGUGGCGUGUCCAAAUGUUUAUGAAAGAAAUUUGUUAGCGGACACAACUAAGAUCAUUGAGAAGAACAAAACAUUGUGUAAACGCAAAGAUAAUAAUUGCAGAAAGAUUGUUACUGAUGGAUUAUUGGCUCUUGGUUACGAUGCUUCAAUUUGCAAAUCUCGCUGGGAAAAAUCCACUUUCUGUCUCGCCGGGGAAUAUGAAUACAUUGAUGUGAUAAUGGGAAAGGAGAGGGUGAUAGUUGACGUUGACUUCAGAUCAGAAUUUGAGAUUGCUAGAUCCACCAAGGCUUACAAAGUGAUUCUUCAAACCCUUCCUUAUGUAUUUGUUGGAAAGUGCGAUCGGUUACAGAGGAUUGUUGCUAUAGCUUCUGAAGCAGCGAAACAGAGUAUGAAGAAAAAGGGUUUGCAUGUUCCACCAUGGAGAAAACUUGAAUAUGUUAGAUCAAAAUGGCUCUCUCCUUAUACACGAACCACACCACCUAUGUUUUGCCAUUGGUCGCGUGAAAUCAGUGAAGAAGCGGAGAGGAAACAAAGGGUUUUGAUGGGAAGUGGUGGUGGUGGUUGUGAUGAAUCAGAGUCAAAAGCGAUGAUUGAAUGGAAGCCACCAGAAUUGAAACCCAAAAACUCUCUGACUGGGGUUAAGGUUGUCACUGGUUUGGCAGCUGUAUUUCGUGAAAACCCAUGAAAUUUUGUUUUUGUUUUAUAAAAAAAAAAGAUAAGGUUUUUGUUUUGUUGUUUUAUAUAAAAUUUUACUGAUUCUCUAUAGAUUGAGAAUUCUGAGGUUGUGUAAGUACUGUAAUAGGCUAACAGCUCUAUGAUCUAUCCCCUUCUGGUUUUUAUUGUAAGGGAUGGUUUUUUUACUGAUGAUAUAUUAUAUAAUAUGAUAUAUAAUAUAAUAAUAGUGUCAAUGAAUAAAAUGAAUAAAAUAAAGUUGA